UAAAUGCUGAAUUAAAAAUGUUGAAUAUUGUUAUACGCAAUUAAAUGGAAAGAAUUGUUUCAAGAUACUUAUGCAUUUCUUCUCCGUUUCAUAAAUAUUCGCAGACAAAAAAAAAAAAAUACAUAUGCAACGCGACAAAGUACAAAAUUUUCGAAGAACGAAUACCUUUAUUGCAGAUAUUUCUGUUCACGUUACUGGGCACGAUAUUAUUUGGCAUAGCUGGAAUUCUUUUGUUACUUUCUAACUUUACUUCGUGGUACAUAUUAACGAUAGCGUUUCUUUCGCUUUUCAUGUUCAUUCUCUUUGUGAUCCAAUUAGCACUGAUACUGAUGUAAGUUUCUACGUUUAAUAUUGAAAUUAUAAAGUUUCCAACCCGAUACGUUCCCUUUCUCAGAUUUUGGAAACGUAGCUGUAAUAUCUGCCACCAUUGUCACGCGAAGAGACCAUCAUAUCAGAAUGAAAUGUGUUCCCCCCUAUGCGAAGUAGGUGUGCGCGAAAACAAUUUUCAAAAAACUAUUUUUAUUUUUACAGGAAUUUGUAUAAACUUUAAAAAUAUCUAUCGUCUCUCACGAGAAACCAGACAUUUGCUGCUAAUAUCGUUCACAAAUGUAACAUUCGAUAAAAAAAAAAGAUAAUGACAAUAAUAUAAUAGCAUCUUAAUAUAAAUAAUCAUCCAUCGAUCAAUGUUUACAAUGUUAUAUUAUAUAAUUUAUUUAAUGUAAUUAGUUCGAAGUAAUCUAUGUUCCUGGAGUGUCGCGUUUCUUUUAAGGUGUAUCUCUACAAUCUAGACGGUCAAACAUGACCUAAUGACCAGCGUGAGCCAGAUCGAAUUGCACGACGACGAAGAGGUCGAUCACACUUUCAGAAAAAUUGCACAGGGAUACCGGCGACAAUACAUGGAUUGUUCAACGAGUGUUCAGAAAUUAUGCCACGUGGAUGUUGCCGAUAUUCAAACGGAACAUUAUCCGAUAGUGACAGCAGAAAAUCAGACUUUUCAAGAAAUGAGAGAGAUGGACGUGCAAACAGUGAGCAAGUGUGAGCUAUGCCAUCAACAGAUACAACUUUGCGCAAGUUCUUCAGCUUUGGUCAAGAAUCAAUUUCAAUGCGCAACUUGUCCCGCGUUUAUACAGCUUUUUAAAGGAAUGUCUUGUUCAAAAUGUGUUACAGGUAUGAUGCAUAUGCCACGACAGAACCGGCAACAGCAGACACAGCAACCGAAAUUCGACAAGGAAACGACGAAGGGAAGGAAUCUGUCACAAUCUACGAAGAGAAACAUUUCCAGCGAAAUGUUGACGAGUGGCCAGCAACGAGAUUCGAAAAUAACGGAUUGCUCUUCAAUGAUCACCAAACUCACUCUCGCUUCUUACUGUAUUCCGCCGGAAAAAACUCAUAUAUCGAGUCAAACUGCAUCGAAAAUAAAGAACAACGAAGAAAGAUCGAAGAAAAUGAAGCUGAUCGCGUUGAAAAGAGACAAUAAGAAGAGGAUAAAAAUAAAAGGAUCUCCAUCGAGCAAGACCUCGCAACAAAGCUCUUGUUCUCAGAUAAUCGAAAAUGGAAAUAAGGUGAUCGAGAUCGGAUCCGGAAAUUCGAUAUCUAUCGUAUUGACACCGGGCGAUUCGAGAUCGGUGGAGACCAUCCACAGAAUAGUGAACAUGGGAUGUAAGAACAGUUCCUAUCCAUCCUCCCCCUCCAAUCAAAUGGAGAUUGAGGAACGGUUGCACGAGAUAGAAGAUGGGAAUAAGAGGAGGAUGUUGCAAUGUGUCGAGGCGACGCCGAUCCUCCCGAAUAAAAGAGCACCGAUCGAGAAACAAAUACAGAUCACGGACGAGUGUCGAGAUACGUGCGUGAUGCAUUUGGAACCGACCACGAUUGAUUCAGAAACGACAAAGAAUUCUAGAAACGCGGAGAAGAAUCUUGCAAUGAAACAGCAGCAAAUCAGAAAAGAAAAACUAGAGAAAUUGCAGCAAACUGAAUUGAUAGAUAGACGUGAGAAUAAAACGCAGACUGUAGAUGAUUUCGAAACACAACAACCGAGAAGUAAAAGAACUUACGCGAAAACUCUCCGAAAAAACAAAGUUAAACCCGCCGAUGCAUCAUGUAGCGAUACGAGUAUCACGCUUGUGCCAACGUCUAAUCCCAACUCGACACCUUCCAUCCGUAAAAACAAAAAACUCAGUCUACAGAACAGCGUUUCGUUGCACGAGAAAUACAUUAAUGUUUGCCCAGCUUGUAAAAGGCCGCAGAUACCCGUGAAGGGGCCCGCCUUUCAGUAUUACUCCGUUAAUAAGGAUAAACGAGGACGAUUCUAUUGCGACACUUGUGCACCCCCAGCUUCGGUCAAGGUAUCGUUCAAAAGGACGGAUCAACAACGCUUAAAAUGUUGCACGUGCGGGAAUUAUUUACGUAUAAAGAGCAGUCAGACAACUCGAAAUAAAUCGGACCAUUGUCCACAUUGUGAUGUAUCGUUAUCACGGCAUAUUUCAUCGACGUAAAUUUUUCGAUAAACUCGGCGAGAUAUCAUUAUAUCAUCACACUUAGAUAAUUAAGGAAGAUCCAAUCCAUGUGUACAUAUAAACGAGAAUUUUAUACUAAAUGAUCAUGCGAAAAUAUAACAAACAGUGUAGUAACAAGUAAGUUGAUCUUCGAAAAAUCUGUGAUAUUUAAUCUGUGAUUUUAAUAUAAUUUUCGUUAUUCGUAGAUCGGCGCAAAAUGCUCAAUCACACAACAAAAAAAUGCAUUUUACACAGAACAAAUUAUUAAUCGUAUAAAGUAAUUUUUAAUAUUCCAAAACAUUAUUUAUUUCUUUAAAAAAAAUAAUAAUAAUAAGAGAUCGUUGAUUACACGAAAUAAUUUUUUUUAACAAUGUGUUAUAUCGUCACAGAUGAUUGUAAAAUAUUACAAUGUAUCAUAAAACAGCAAUCCAUCUUAAGAUUAUUUUUAAUGUUUAUAUAAUAAAUUAUAAUUUCGCUCAUGAAA